UUCGUGAUUUAAUUCGCGGACGGGAAGUCGCUGGACUCGAGCUAGGGCUGCGCACACACCUUACAAAUCAGACGUUUGCACUAGAAAGCAGUAAAAAGCCUAAUAUCCGCUUUAAUUUGGUCGAAUCCUUUGUAUUAUUUUCAAUGUUACUAGACAGCAGCGGCGUCCCCGUGCUGAUGAUUAUAAUUGACGUACAGUGUGACGUAUCGGCGUUGUUAAAGUGAAUCAUCUUUACUGUAGGGAUGCUGAGCCUGAGGCAGGAGGCCUGAAACAUAAUUUCUACCCCACGAACUAACAUAACCUUUCUCAGUCGUCUUCAGCGCAAUGGAGGAGAUUCUCCGCAAGCUUCAGAAGGAGGCAUCGGGCGGUAAACACAAAGCGAUCCGGGACUCCUGCAGCGUCGCGUGCGAGACCCUUCAGGCUCAGAAUGGUUCAGUUAAAAUGCCCCCAUCUAAACUCAGGCAAAAGUGUUUAUUCCCUCUUCAGUUAGCGCUGGAGUCUAAAAACACUAAACUGGCUCAGACCGCCCUCACUGGAAUGCAGAAGAUCCUUUGUGAGGACUGCUUUGUUGCUGUAGAAGCCGAGGCUCCAGAGAAGCAGCUGUUGAGUCAGAUCCUGGCAGCCAUCAGGGUGACGCCCACCCUACACGAAGACCUGCAGGUGGAGGUCAUGAAGGUCCUGCUUUGUGUCACCUACUCCUCUACCUUUGAGAUCAAUGGCCACAACAUCUUGAGAAUCGCUGAGGUGUGUAUUGAGACGUACACAUCGAGUUGUCAUCAGCGCAGUAUCAACACAGCGGUCAGGGCCACCCUCAGUCAGAUUCUUGGAGACCUCACGCUACAGCUACGCCAUAGACAAGAAAACACAGGUGUUGAUGGUGAGGAACGUUGCAUACCUGUCCACCAGCGAAGAGACCUGUCUCCCACUACCGAUGCACUGUAUGAAGAUGUUGUUAUGGUGCUCACGGUUUUCUGUGACAAAAUGGAGUCUGUCUCCAAUGAAAACCAGCUGCUGCAGCUGUUGUACCUGGAGUGUAUUCUGUCCAUGCUGAGUAGCUGUCCUCCCACAAUGCACCUGCGUCGUAAUUUCACUGACCUCAUCUGGAAGCAGUUGUGUCCAGCUCUGGUGGUGAUUAUGGGAAACCCAGCGAGUGAUAAAACCAUCACCUCUGCCCAUGGUGGCCAAUCCCAGGACUCAGACGCAGCACCGGGGUCAGCGGUCUUGGAUCAAGGCCGGGGUUCUGGCUGCUCAUCAAGUGCUCCUGUCAUGAUUGGGCCAGUCGUUCGCACCAUCUGUUACGUGGCAGCAGAGUUAGUCCGUCUGGUGGGCUGUGUCGAGUCCAUGAAGCCAGUUUUGCAGUCCCUGUACCACCGUGUUCUGCUCUACCCUCCGCCCCAGCACAGAGUGGAGGCAAUCAAGAUCAUGAAAGAGAUUCUAGGAAGUCCGCAGCGCUUGUUCGACCUGGCCGGCCCAUGUGUCAUUGAGCCUGAAACAAGAAAGCGGUCUUUCUCAAAAAGGAAGUCACAUCUUGAUCUUCUCAAACUGGUAAUGGAUGGUAUAACAGAAGCGUGCAUGAAGGGCGGGAUUGAGGCCUGCUACUCUUCUGUCUCCUGUGCUUGUGCCCUAUUGGGUGCAUUAGAUGAGCUCAGCCAUGGGCGUGGCCUACAGCAAGACCAGUCCCGCAUGUUGCUGCGGCGAUUGGAUGAGCUGAAGGAAGGGGUGGAGUCUAUGCGAGAGUCUGUGGAAGUCAAUGAAGCUGACUUCCGCUGGCAGCGGCGUGUGCUUUCUUCUGAGAAUGCCGCCUGGGAGAGCAUCACUGAACGCAGCCCUGACAUCAGCAUCAGCGUCACCACAGACACAGGCCAGACCACACUGGAGGGGGACCUGGGUCAGACCACUCUGGAAGGGGAAAUGGGCCAGACCACUCCAGAGGACUGCGGGGGGGAACCGCGACUACCUUCACCUCCUACCUGUGGAGCCACGGCGAGAGCUCGUCCAGAUAUACCAGAAUGUGUUCAGGCCAGCGGUGUCCCAGAAGCCCCGUCCAGUACCGCCCCUCCUGAUGUAGUGCAGCGCAGCCAUGGCCUGGCUUACCCUGACAUCACCAACUUUCUGUCUGUGGAGUCUCGGACACGCUCGCACGGCUCACGCUACAGCGAGAGCAACUUCAGUGCAGACGAGCAGGAGCUGUCACGAACAGAGUUCGAUUCAUGCGACCAGUACUCUAUGGCCGCAGAAAAAGACUCGGGACGCUCUGACGUGUCCGACAUGGGCUCUGAUAACUGCUCUCUCGCUGACGAGGAGCAAACGCCACGGGACUGUCCCGGACACCGUACUCUACGGACGGCUGCUCUGUCCCUAAAACUGCUGAAGAACCAGGAAGCAGACCAACAGAGCGCCCGGCUCUUUGUGACGUCUCUAGCUGCGCUGCUGCCACGGCUGCUGGGACUGCACAGCACCACGGAUGUAGACGUGUCCCUGCAGAGCUUCUCAUCCACCUUCUGUUCGGGACUGCAAGCAGGUGGGGUUCAUUCUCCAGGUUUCGAGGGCAGUGAAAACCUGAGUUGUCAGGCUCUGAUGAAUGCAGAUGGAUUGUACUUGGUUUCCUAUUAUGCUCUACUGCUCAACCUCAAACUGUGCUGCUGUGACUAUUACCACAGGAAACCCACAUGUGCCCUGGUGUCUUUGAAAGAGUUUGUGCGUCAGAUCCAGAGCAGUGGUGUUCUGGUGGUUCUGUCUCAGGCCUGGAUCGAGGAGCUCUACAACCAGGUGUUAGAGAGAAACCUGCUGGGAGAGGCGGGAUACUGGGGCUCAGCGGAGGAUCAGUCCUUACCUCUCAUCACCAUGCUCACCGAUAUUGAUGGACUGGGCAGCAGUGCUAUCGGUGGUCAGCUGGUAAGAAAGGCCUCGACACAGUCUCCCUUCACCUGCGACAAGAACGGCAGUGACAACUUGGUUGCAGGUGUGGUAUUUGCCCGCUAUAUCUUGACCGGCUGCUGGAAAAACCUGAUCGACACGCUGUCCACGCCACUCACAGGGCGCAUGGCGGGAAGCUCUAGGGGUCUCGCCUUUAUUCUUGGAGCAGAGGGAGUUAAAGAGCAGACUCAAAGGGAGAGGGACACCAUCUGCCUCAGCUUGGAUGGUCUACGCAAGGCUGCGGCACUCAGCUGUGCUCUGGGUGUGGCGGCAAACUGUGCCUCAGCACUUGCCCAGAUGGCAGCAGCAUCAUGUGUAAAGGAGGAGAAGGAGGAGAAGGAAUUGGGGGAGACUGGAGAUGCCAUUUCUCAAGUUAAGCAGCGUGUAGAACAGAAACUGGAACAGAUGGGCCGCUGUCAGGGCGUGAGGUUGCACACGGCCCAUGUGCUCUGCAUGGAUGCUAUACUCAAUGUGGGGCUGGAAAUGGGCAGCCAUAACCAUGAUUGCUGGCCUCAUGUCUUUAGAGUGAUUGAGUAUGUCAGUUCACUGGAACACACGCACUUCAGUGACGGUGGCUCCCAGCCUCCCAUCGCCAUCACUCAGGCGCAGCAGGCCGUGGCAGUGGACCUGGAGCUGGAGUUGAGCGGAGAGGCCAGUCCAGAGCUGGAACUGGGCCUCAGCCAUCCAGUCAUCCAGCCGCUUUCCAUCCAGGAACUCUUGAGAGAAAGCAGUCGCUGUAAAGGGUUCGACCUUCGGGGAGGCAGUCUGCUCACGGGCACCAGUGCUGCCAAAGCCGUCUGCACGCUUUCCACACAAGCUGACAGGCUGUUCGAGGAUGCAGUGAGUAAACUCAACCUAGUGGCUCUAGUGGGUUUCCUGCAUCAGCUCAGAAAAGCUUCACAGUCUCAACUCUUUGAUUCGGUUACAGAAACUGGAGACUACUCUUUAGCCAUGCCAGGGGAGGCAAAGUCAACCCAGGACAAGCGUAGUGCCCUCCACCUCUUCCGGCUGGGAGAAGCCAUGCUUCGCAUUGUGAAGAACAAGAGCAGACCGCUGCUUCACAUGAUGAGAGCCUGGAGUGUAGUAGCGCCCCACCUGGUGGAGGCGGCCUGUCAUAAGGAGCGACAUGUAUCCCAGAAGGCUGUGUCCUUCAUCCAUGAUGUUCUGCUGGAGGUUCUGAGCAGCUGGGCAGAGCUGCCACACUUUCAUUUUAAUGAAGCUCUCUUCAGGCCUUUUGAGCACAUUAUGCAGCUGGAGCUCUGUGAUGAAGAUGUCCAAGAUCAGGUGAUAACAUCCAUUGGGGAGCUGGUGGAGAUGUGCUCAGCUCAGAUCCAGUCUGGCUGGAGGCCGCUGUUCAGUGCUCUCCGAACUGUGCAUGGAAACAAAACGGAUAUGAAGGAUUACCUGAUAGGAGAAUACUCUAUGGGAAAGUCACAAGCACCUGUGUUUGAUGUCUUUGAAGCCUUCAUUAACACAGACAACAUUCAGGUGUUUGCCAACGCGGCCACUGACUACAUCAUGUGCCUCAUGAAGUUUGUGAAAGGUUUAGGGGAAGUGGACUAUAAGGAGAUUGGGGACUGUGUUCAUGUCAGUGGAUACAGCUCAACAGAUCUGUGCCUGCCUGCCCUGGACUAUUUAAGGAAAUGUUCACAGCUGCUUGCUAAAAUCUAUAAGAUGCCAUCCAAGCCAGUGUUCCUGGGAGCACGGCUGGCCAGCCUCCCGAUGAGAGCUCAGGAGAGGUCUGUGAGCAGUGAGGAUGGCAUGGACUGUGUUUUAGCAGAGUUUGACGAUGACACAGGUCUGAUACAGGUGUGGAUUCUUCUGUUGGAGCAGCUGACAGCAGCCGUGUCAAACUGUCCUCGUCAGCAUCAGCCACCUACACUUGAGCUGCUGUUUGAACUUCUGCGUGAAGUCACCAAGAUACCAGGGCCUGGCUUUGCCAUUUUCUCUGUCAUCCAGCUUCUUCUUCCUGUCAUGUCUCUAUGGCUACAACGAAGUCAUGGUGACCACUCAUACUGGGACAUUGCUGCAGCAAACUUCAAGCAUGCCAUUGGACUGUCCUGUGAACUGGUGGUGGAACAUAUUCACAGCUUCAUCCAUUCAGAUAUUGGUUAUGAGAGUCUGAUUAACCUGAUGCUGAAAGAUCUAUUCAAACUGCUGGUGUCCUGUGUGGCAGAACCAGCCGAGACCAUCUCCAGAGUGGGCUGCUCCUGUAUUAGGUAUGUUCUGGUAACAGCAGGGCCGGUUUUCACUGAGGAGAUGUGGCGGUUAGCAUGCUGUGCCCUUCAGGAUGCUUUCUCGGCUACCCUAGAGCCAGUGAAGAAUCUGCUAGCUUGUUUCCGGAGUGGUUCGGACAGUUUCACUGGAGAUGCAUGUGAAGUGAAAGUUGCGGCCCCCUCACACUCCCCUUCAGCCGAGGCAGAGUACAUGAGGAUCCGGGCCAUGGCUCAACAGGUCUUCAUGCUAGAUACACAGUGCUCCCCUAAAACUCCGAGCAACAAGGAAGGUUUUGAGCACGCUCAGUCUUGUGUGCUGAUUAUUGAGCUUCCCGCCGAUCAGCACUCCAAUGGUCAAGCUCAGAAGAGGAUUCCCUUCAGGACUCUGGUGGUAAGUUUACUGUCCCAUCAAGUGCUCCUGCAGAACCUGUAUGAUAUCCUUCUAGAGGAGUUUGUGAAGGCUUCUGGGAGCUCCGAGAGCAAAAUCCCCACGGCAGUGUCGGAGCCGAAACCCGCAGGCUUUCUCCGCUACAUCUCAAUGCAGAACCUGGCCAUCAUCUUUGACCUGCUACUGGACUCGUACCGCACAGCGCGGGAAUUUGACACCCGUCCAGGACUCAAGUAUCUCCUCAUGAAGGUGUCAGGGGUGUGUGGAGCCGCUAACUUAUACCGCCAGUCUGCUAUGAGCUUCAAUAUCUACUUUCAGGCUUUGCUGUGUGCAAUGCUGACAAACCAGGAGAGCAUCACUGUGGAUCAAGUCAAGAAGAUCCUGAGCGAGGAAGAGGAGGGCGGCUCCGACUCUUCACAGCAGUGCUCCUCCGAGGAUGAAGAUAUCUUUGAGGAGAUGGCCCAAGUGAGUCCUCCACGGGCACGGGAGAAGCGUCAGUGGCACGCUCGCAUCCCAUCGCUGAGCACACAGCCCGCCAGUAGCAUGGACUGGGCAUGGCUGCUCAAACGCCUGCACAAACUCUGCAUGGACUUGUGCAACAACUACAUUCAGAUGCACCUGGACCUGGAGAGUAGUGUGGGAGAACAGCUUACCCACCGGGCUGACCCGCUUUUUUUCUUGCCCCUUUUUAAUUCUGAGACCCCCACACCGUCUCCCGGGUGCCUAUCAGGCCAUGGGACACCCUCAGAGGACAGCUUCCGCCUGCACCUUGACGAGACUCCCUCAGAGGAGGUCCACAGCCCUGGUGGGUCGGGAGCAACCCUCCCCCAGAUGAGAGGAGACAGGAGGGAUGGUGGACGUAAGAAGGAAUGGUGGGAGAGUGCGGGAAACAAGCUGUACACCAUCGCCACCGACAAGACCAUCACCAAACUCAUGAUUGAGUACAAGAAACGCAAGCAGCAGCACAAUCACACCACGUUUGCCAAAGAUGUGAAGGUGGGAGAGAAGAGGGGUGAGACGGUGACCCUGCGUGGCCCGGACUCCCCAGGGCCUCAGAGGCCUCAGCAACUGGUAGAGCAGGGUCCCAUGCGUCACUCCUUCAGCGCGGGGCCUGAGCUUCUGCGGCAAGAGAAGAGACCUCGAUCGGGAUCCACGGCCAGUUCCCACAACAUCUCACUCAGAGACUCUGAGGCACAGAUACAGGCCUGGACCAACAUGGUCCUUACGAUCCUGAAUCAGAUCCAGGUCUUGUCGGAUCCCACGUUCAUUGCCCUGCAGCCAGCGGUUUUCCCCUGUAUCAGUCAGCUGACCUGUCAUGUGACUGACCUCAGAGUGAGGCAAGCAGUGCGCGAGUGGCUUGGACGAGUUGGUCGUGUUUAUGACAUCAUCCUGUGAUGACAUGGCUCAUGUUUGAUCUCCAGCAGCCUUUUCCAUGGAGAUCUUUUCCUUGUGCUUUACUGUUUGCUCUGGCAUACGCUUAUAAUUCUGUGAUGAUGCUGUUACCUGCUUAACUUUGCAAACUUUUUUAUUGUAGUGCACAGUGAUCUGUGUAAAACAAAUCCCUUUUGUGAAUGUUCUUCAAUAUUCAUGCUGUUAUAUCCGGAAUCUAUAUUUUAAUUCUUCAUUUCUCUGAAAGUUUAUUGGCUUUAAACGUACAUGUGCCAUAUAUAGGAUUUUGUUGUUUUCAGGGUGUUUUCUCUCAUCUAGCCCUUUAAAACUUUAACUUGAAAGUCCCCUGAACUUUUCAACUAGUUAAAAUCAUUGCACAAUGAAAUGUGGUACUUAAUGCACCUUUGCUAAAGCAUUGAUUAAUGUAUAUCUAAAGCACGAACUUAAGCUUUGCUAAUGCAGUUUUAUGUUGCUACAGUAGUAUUACCAGAAUGCAUUUCCAAAAUAUACAGUGCACACAAUGCUCAGUUGUAGAUUUCAAACCGCUUUUUUCCACAUAUUCUCUGAACAAAACACUGUAAAACACCACAUCCUCCUGAUAUCAGAUCAUAGAGUAUUAGGCCUAGUUGAAAGUCAGUAGGCCAGAUGUUUUGUCUGUAAAUGUGGAAGCAUUGAAAUCACGUUCAACUUCCACAAGAAAGCUGAUACACAAACACUACACUAGCUCUCAAAAUGCCCUUACACCUCUUUCUGUUAAAACAUGUCCAUCCAUCCUGUCAGACAGACACUGUACCAUGGAUCCUAUUAGCCACAAUCCAGUGGGAGUCUGUGGUUUAAAACAUCAGAUACUGGCCACACAACACUACAUCUGACUAAACUUGAAGAAACUUUUAAGUUGAGUGUAUACUUUUCAUAGCUGCACCGUUUGUUGUCUUAAAACUACAAAAGCAGAAGGUUACUGAACUCAUUGAAGCUAUUAUACAUUUGAAAUUUAGGUACAUUUUUAACUGGAGACUAUUUACAAUCUGUAUUUGUUCAAAUUGGAUACGUUUGCACUUUUGGAGGCUUUAUUCCAAAUAUAUUUUAUUUUUUUGUUCUGGAACUGCAAUUGCUUAAAAAAAUGUUUUCUGUCCUCAGUCAUCUGCAUGUAUAUGUAUAUGUAGAUUUUGUGUGUGCGUGUGCAUGAAAAAGGAUGCAUUUUAUUUAUUUUGCCUACAGUUUUUUAUUAUUAUUAUUAUUGUGAGAAAUCAAUACAUAUGACAAGCUACAAAGAAAGAGUUUGUAUCGAAUUCAUAUACUUAUUUAAAAAAAAAAAAAAAAUCUACUGUGCUGUACAUCAUGUGCAAUGGGAGUUAUAGAAAAUUGGAAACCAUAUAUAGACAUGCUUUACAUAUAUUCAGUGCAGCACACAGCCUGUUACAUAAUCAUAGUCAGAAUGUAUAAUCCUUCGCUCCAGUGUCUCAUAUUCUGUUGUGUUUAUGGCAACUGCUUCGCAUAACCAACAGGGAGAGGUUAAAAAGGAUGUUUAAAGGGACCAAAGACAAAUUUAUAUUUGAUUUCAGUGUUCUGAAACACUAUUAUGUUCUUCAUUUUAGCAAAUCAAACGCGUUUUAUUUUAUUAUAUAUAUAUAUAUAUAUAUAUAUAUAUAUAUAUAUAUAUAUAUAUAUAUAUAUAUAUAUAUAUAUAUAUAAUUUGACUUUGAAUCUAAACUUGCAUUACUUGGUCUAAAUCCAGAGGAAAACAUUAUGUUGGAUUAUGUUGUGUGGAAUAAAGCUAAAGCUACAACAGAUUUCCCUGGAAUUCUCAAACAUCUUAAUUUCAGCUCUGCUAACAUAUGUUCAAUUCAUAAUGCCACUCCAUUUGACAGCACACCAUCUUUAAUUAUCCCAUAAUGUACCAUGCAUAUAUUCUUUUAAGUAUUUUAAGUAUUAUAGCAAGAAUAAUACUUGUGUGAUUUAUUCUGGGGUACCAGUACUUUGCUACAUGGUGUUUAUUAUCAAACCUCCAAUCAGUUGCAGUACAUGUGCAUUACGCUGAGUGUGUUCUGAUGUGUUUGUUGGAUCAUUUAUGUUGUACGUGUUGAAGAAUAAAUAAGCAGAGUUA